UAUGAUAUCAGUCAUAGGUGGCUCAGAAAUUUUUGACAGAGAUCAGUCUUUCAUCCCUGGAAUAUUCGCCAAGGCCAGCCUCAUGUACAACCCGCUGCUCUGCAUGCUUGUCUGCAAGCGAUUUCGAACCGUUGCUGCAGAUAUGUUGUGCUGCAGGAAUAACAGUCAUAUCAUCGUGGAAGUAACCCAAAGGUCUACUGCUCCGAAUGAGACGAUGACCAACGAACAACAACAGAACGACAACCAGGACAUGCUACGGAACCAAGCGAGGUCACAAGAAACGUCUAUGGUAUUGAAAGGUUUUUGUGAUCUCUAGAGAUUGCGAAGACACCAACUGCACUUUCUACAUAACCCUCU